UGGUUUACAUUACGUAACACUCGGUGAGUAACACCUUGACGGUCCCUGGCUCUGCGGCUGCACUGAGACAGAGCGACGACUCAUUGACGGACGGUCCCUAACGUUUCUGAUGAAAUCUCUAACUGGAGCUUGAAGACGACCAACCGACACCGACACACGGAAGCGACCGCGCCGUUAAAAUAACACGUUUAUUCGGUAAAACCGGGACAUUAUUAUCACUCAAAGGAGAUAAAAACAGUCUACUCUGAAGAAUGAAGCCGACAAAUUGUAGUUUUUGAUCAAGUAUUUCGAACUACGCCGGUUAACGUACCGCUAAGCUAACUGCUAAACUAAGCUAAGCUAACCUGUUAGCAUCCCCGGCUACCGACCGUCGGAAGCCAGAGACCGCUCUCACCGCCCGCCUUCUUCUUCACUCUUCACGGGGAUUAAAAGCAGACAAAAUGGCUCUUUUCUCAUCAAUGCACCGGGAGUUAUCCACCGUGUUUUCCGUCACCGUGUUCACGAAGUUCUCCACCAGGAAGAAGUCCAACCACCACUCUCAGGGGAGCGUUAGCGCCGCGCAGCUCGACGGGGUCACGGACGUUGUUCCCCCGGUUCCCUGUCUCUGUGGAGGUCGCUGUGCGCACCAGGCUGUGUAAAACACCAUGUCUCACUGAAAUAGCGUUUAACUUGGGUAAUAGAUGGAUGAUAACUGCUGCUGUUGAGCCGCCUACAGUCUGACAGCUGAAUACCCGAGACAUCUGUGUUUCUCAGGUUAUGUCACAUAAUUUAUAUUUUGCACUUUUGCAUUGAAGAUGUUCAGAAGUAUGAGCGCUGACGGACAUUUAUCCGCCGAGCAGAGCUCCUCCUCCGCGGUCCGACGUGGAGUCACCUCCCCCGGGCUCCACAGCCAGGAAAGCUCGUGGAUCGGCCUGCUGUCUAGGCCUGCGAUGGCUUUUCUGCAGAGAUAUUUCCCGGGACGACCCCGGACACCAACCCAGGCUGAAACCGGAGCCGGGUGGACCAGUGGGGGGUUAAAAACCAGCUUUGUUGACGAGGAAAGUGAGUUUUUAAGACAGCUAGACGACAUGAUGCCUCUGACGCAGCACCCGGCUCCUCACCUCACCUACCUGCGGUGUCAGCACGAAGGAGCCGCCGGCCUGCUGGAGCCGAGAGACGGCAGCGCUCUACCGUGGCUGACCGCUGAUUCUCUGCGGGAGAUUGGGAUUCAAAACGCAGAAGACUUGAAUCUCUGCCAGCAAACUCAAAUAGGAUAUUUGUCUUCUGUCAGGACUUUUUUCACUCAUGUUCUGUUGAGCUCAGUGUCAUCUCAGGAAAUGAAACCCACAGGGGGGAAAGACUGGGAGCCUGCUGGUCCCUCUGUGAAGAGCAACGGGGGUAAGAGCAGGACGUGGUGGGGCAGCUUCUGGGGAGGCGAGGAGAGCUCACAGAAAGGGCUGUUGUCAGAUGAGUCCUGGGCUGAGGAGGUCCCAGUCACAGGCUGGCUUUGUCCACAACAACCGGUGGCAGAAACAAAAGUACCCAAAACAACCGAUGUGUUUGUCCAGAGCGGUGACAGAGAAUGGACGCUGGGAGAAAACACUGGACAAACUGACCACAAAGAGGAGCCGGCUAACAAUAGAGGCCUUCAAACAGUCCAGAACACAGAUGGGUCCAUGACUGACCACCGGCUCAGCAUCAGUAACCACCUUAGCAGUUCAGGAGCUGCCACCGCCUGCAGUGAGGUGGCACUGCUGACCCCUGAUCAGGACAAUGGUUACUCCAGUCUGGAGGAGGAACAGUUCCAGGUGUGCCAGCUGCACAUGGUGAAAGCCCUGACUGAAGAGCAGCCGCAGCAGCAGGAGGCUGAAUCAGCUGAGAGUAGUGCCACCAUCGAGACAGAAAUGGAGGAAGAGACUUCUGAAGAGGGAGAGUCUACAUCAGGAAAAGAAGAGGAGGAAGAACAGGAAGCAGCCCCUCAGGAGGGUCAGUCUGCGGAGGCCACAGAGCUCACCAACCCACAGUGCCAGAAUAAAGCCAUUGCCUUCAUCAUGGGCUGCCCAUGCAGUGACGACGACAGCAGCCAAUCAGACGGGGAGUCCGGUGAUGAUGUUGAUGAUGAUGGCUUUGACAGCGAGGGCUCGUCUGAUCUGUCUGACUCGAGCGACGAAGAUGAUGAAGAUGAUGAUGAAGCCUCGGACUCGGACAGCGAGGCAGACUCUGAGGCGGAGCGCCUGUGGAACUCACUGUGCCAAAGUGUGGACCCGUACAACCCCCGAAACUUCACUGCACGGCUGCACACCAUCAGCAGCCCGCCCAGGACCAUCCCCACCUCCACGCCUCUGUCCUCCACCCAGUCCACCCCCGCCUCCUCCCCUGACCUCACCCUGCUCCCUCUCUCCUCUCUCGGAGCCUCCUCUCCCCUCACCUCCUCCUCCCCUCCAUCCGGCAGUGACGUCUGGGACGACUCCACCUCAGCCAGCGAGGUGGACGAAGCGGAAAGCCUCCGCCUUUUGAGCUCCUUCAGCUGCUCCUCGGACCCCUACAGCCCCUUUAACUUCCAGGCCCCACUCAGGACUCGAGUGCUCGUCGAGGCAGGGUCCAGGGCCAGGACCAGGGUUAAGAAGGCCUCCCAGACUCCCCCUCGCUCCCUCUACCAUAACCCAGCAUCUCCACCUGAGUACAGGAAGGAGGAGGCUGAGGAGAGGCUAGACAGUGGCUUCUCUGAACACUCCACCUCCUCUGGCUGCUCCACCACACAGAGCUGCAGCUCCACCAAAAAGGUUCGUUUCUGUGACGAUGUAGAGGAGUUCUUUGCCAGCUGUGGUGAGGAAGAGGAGGAGGACCGGCGGGGCCCCUGGGAGGAGCUGGCCCGCGACCGCUGCCGAUUCCUGCGGCGCUGCCAGGAGGUGGAGCAGAGCAUCGCCUACUGCCUGCAGCCACAGCACCGCAGCCUGGUGUACUGCCGCCUCGCCACAGUCCUCUACGUCCAGGACGCCUGAGGACAGUCCGUCCGACACAUCCUGGACACCUGAGGAAGAUCUGUCCUCUACGUCCAGGAUGCCUGAGGAAGAUCGAUCCGUCCUCUGCAUCCAAGACGCCUGAGGAAGAUCGAUCCAACCUCUAUGUCCACAACACCUGAGGAAGAUCUGUCCUCUGCGUCCAGGAUGCCUGAGGAAUAUCGAUCCGUCCUCUACAUCCAGGACGCCUGACGAAGAUCGAUCCGUCCUCUACGUCCAGGACGCCUGAGGAAGAUCUGUCCUCUGCGUCCAGGACGCCUGAGGAAGAUCGAUCCGUCCUAUACGUCCAGGACGCCUGAGGAAGAUUGAUCCGUCCUCUGCGUCCAGGACGCCUGAGGAAGAUCGAUCCGUCCUCUGCGUCCAGGACGCCUGAGGAAGAUCGAUCCGUUCUCUGCGUCCAGGACGCCUGAGGAAGAUCGAUCCGUCCUCUGCGUCCAAGACUCCUGAGGAAGAUCGAUCCGUCCUCUGCGUCCAGGACGCCUGAGGAAGAUCGAUCCGUCCUCUGCGUCCUCUGCGUCCAGGACGCCUGAGGAAGAUCGAUCCGUCCUCUGCGUCCAGGACGCCUGAGGAAGAUCGAUCCGUCCUCUGCGUCCAGGACGCCUGAGGAAGAUCGAUCCGUCCUCUGCGUCCAGCACGCCUGAGGAAGAUCGAUCCGUCAUCUGCCUCCAGGACGCCUGAAGAAGAUCGAUCCGUCCUCUGCGUCCAGGACGCCUGAGGAAGAUCGAUCCGUCCUCUGCGUCCAGGACGCCUGAGGAAGAUCGAUCCGUCCUCUGCGUCCAGGACGCCUGAGGAAGAUCGAUCCGUCCUCUGCGUCCAGGACGCCUGAGGAAGAUCGAUCCGUCAUCUGCGUCCAGGACGCCUGAGGAAGAUCGAUCCGUCAUCUGCGUCCAGGACGCCUGAGGAAGAUCAAUCCGUCCUCUGCGUCCAGGACGCCUGAGGAAGAUCGAUCCGUCCCUAGGUCCAGGACGCAUGAGGAAGAUCGAUCCGUCCUCUGCGUCCAGGACGCCUGAAGAAAAUCUAUCCUCUAUGUCCUGGACACCUGAAGAAAAUCAGUUCUCUAUGUCCUAGACACCUGAGGAAGAUCUGUCCUCUACGUCCUGGACGCCUGAGGUAGGACAAUCCGUUCUCUAAGUCUUGGAUGCCUGAGGACGAUCUAUUUCUAUGUCCUGGAAGCCUGAAGGUUUCAACACCUGUCAUACUGAGGAAAUGAAAAGCUGCACUCGUUAAGCAGUGAGACACUACAGAGACACAGAGGACAGGUGGACAGACUGAGAGCAGCUGGACUCUUUACUGACUGUGUCUGCAGCUUUGUGUCUCUGGACUGAAACAUGAUUCAGGGCCGCUUCAUAACCGACUUUAGUAAAAUACUGACUGGUGAUCUGAAGGGCUUCUUCACUCGUGGCUUCACUGUUAGUUGAGAAGCCCUCACUGUGUUCUGGUUGGACAGCGUCCUCUUUUUUAUUUCUGGAGACAGAAAGAAGUCUAAAACUGUCUGCAGCUGUCCUCAGUUUGUUAAUGGCAUCAUCCAGUUUACAUUUUCACUUUUAGUGCUGACGAUUACAUCACAGACACCGAAACAAGCUGCAGCUUUCAUCCGAAAUACUCCAAGAAAAGUUUCAGCAGAUGAU